GCAGCUCACCGCGCCGCGCCGGCACCGCCGCCCCGGCAGCGAGCGGGGAAACCGCAGUUGCUGCCGAGCCGCCCCCUGCACGGUGGCCACCGCCGCCGCCCUGCGGGGACCUGCCCGGGGAGCGCCACGCUGCCCGCCCGAGGGGCGAGUUCGGCGGGGACCCGGGCCUAGCCCUGCCGGGCCGCUCAGCGCGACCACCGGCGCUGCGAGCACCGGCCGCGGUGGAAUGGGGGCUGAUGGCGGCGGCGGCGCAGGGCAGCGGCCGCCGAAACGGGCGAGGGGCGGAGCACAGAGACCCUGUAGCUGCCAUGACCGCCUCCCCCUCCUCGCCGCCUCCCUUAAAUACUAUGGGGCGGCCGUAGCUGCGGUGGGCGCCGCUGCCGAGCGCACGAUGCGAGCUGUCAUCGCCUUGGCCGCGGCGCUGGGCAGCCUGCUGCUCGGCGGCUGCCUCCUGCGCCUGGGCGGCCAGCAGCCCGUCCGUGCCAGGGGCUGGGAGGAGGACGCGGGAGGAGCUGCUGUCACGCCGAAAGUGGUGCGAGCCCUCAGGUCCUCUCUACCGUCCCUGCCUCAGACCGAGAACAGAACAACUGUUAAUAAAAAUGGAAUUUACCAGCUUGAACAGGCUUCAAAAUGUAAGGCAAUUCAGGACAACAUUUUGUCAUCAUCUAUCAAGAAGAAAAGGUAUUCAGAAGAUUAUUAUUUUCACAUAGUCACAAAACUGCAGAACUGCACGUGGAUAAGGAGACCAGAAGAAUCUACAAAAUUCAGGUCAGAAUUAGCUUCCUGCUGUGAUGCAGUUCACAAUUUUAUUGCUUCUCAAAGUAACAGCCCACUGGGAAGUAACAUGAGUUACGAAGUGGACAGUAAAAAGACCAUCCUCAUUACAGAGGACAUUUUUAAGAUGCUGCCUGUGUCCUCUCCUCUUUCAGUCCAUCCCUUCAAAACCUGUGCUGUGGUUGGAAACGGAGGCAUUCUGAAAAAUUCCAGCUGCGGAGCUGAAAUCGAUCAUUCUGACUUUGUGUUUAGGUGUAACCUCCCUCCAACCACGGGAAGCAUUAGCAGAGAUGUUGGCAAUAAAACAAACCUUGUGACUGUUAACCCGAGUAUCAUAGCUCAAAAAUACAACAAACUAAAUGAAAAGAAGAAAGAAUUUCUGGAGAACAUUGUGGUCUAUGGAGAUUCUUUCCUUUUAUUGCCAGCAUUUUCCUUCAGAAGCAACACAGCCACUUCCUUUAAAGUAUAUCACACUCUGCAAGAGUUCAAAGCAACCCAAAGGGCAAUAUUUUUUCACCCCUCUUACCUGAAAAAUCUUGCCCAGUUCUGGAGAACUAAAGGUGUGAAAGCCUACCGGUUAUCAUCUGGUUUUAUGAUCACUAGUGCUGCUCUUGAGCUGUGUGAGAAUGUGAAGCUCUAUGGCUUCUGGCCUUUCUCAAAAUCCAUAGACAACAUGCCAAUCAGCCACCACUAUUAUGACAACCAGCUGCCUAAACCAGGUUUCCAUGCAAUGCCCAAAGAAUACAACCAGAUCCUUCAGCUUCAUGGCAAAGGCAUUUUGAAGUUGCAGUUUGGUAAAUGUGAAUCAGACUAAAAAGGUAGGUCACAUUCUUACCACAUAAAAUGUCUUUAUUUAAAUGUGUCAAGGGAAAACUUGUUUUGUGAUCAGUGUGGGUCUGUUCUUCCUUAGAGAGACAUUUCUACCUUACACUUAAUGCAAGUUAUUUUCAUAAAUAAGUGAAAGGCUGGAGUUUUCUGAAUAAAUAUACUGUAUCACAGAGUUGAAAAAUGUUUUCUAAUUGUGAAGUUUAGAUGGGGAGCAUAGCUAAAUACACACUGUCACCAUAAUUCACCGUCAUUCAGUAGUAUCUCCUUAUCUCUGAUAUGUUUCUCUACCAAACUCUGUUUGGUUUGUUAUCAAUUCCCACGAACCAGCCUCUUUUGUGAAUUGCUGUAUUAAAGGCAGCCACAUACUGUGAUCCACAAGAGAAGACACCUAAUCCUGACAGCCUUUCCUGAUGUGUACAGAGGCCAAAAUGAGGAUGAAGGUUGCCCCACGAAGGAGCAGCGUGCAUUUGUGCUUUUGUUCCCUCUUGCUGGGCAGAGCCGAGUUGGGAGCCAUGUGCUCCCGCAGCCCUGGCUGCACAGCAGCCCGUGGGCAGCCGGGAGGACGCUGCCGCACACACAGCGGAUCUGGCUGAGGAUUUUACCUUCAGGCAGCUCAGAAUCUGGGAGUUACAAAUAGGGGAUGAAGUGUCAUUCCUUUUCCUGUCUUUUCUGUCACAUACCCCUUGGAUGUCUACCUUCUAUGUAUUGCCUUGGAGAAAUGCAGCACAGAAUCUGGCCUCUGACCUUGAACAGAUUUACUGUGUACAGGUUACAGAUGACUGAAAAGAUUUGUCUGCAUGUUUUCAAUCUUGAUUUGCCCCUUUGACAAAAUAAGAGCUAUUUGUAUAAAUAAUUCUUUGUCUUUUAAGCUAACUCAGAAAUUCCCCAGCUCACGAUACUGUUGUCAGAUUUGCUUUUCACAGAACUCUAUUUCACCAGGGGCUUCAAGUGAAUAUAACAGUAAGUGAAAUGCACGGUAGAACCACCAUUGUAUACAAUAUGCUUUAAUUGGACUGAUGUAAUCUCAAGACUGUAUUACUCAAGUUUAAUAAACUAAAAUAGCAUCAUCUUGUUCAAGCCAGAAAUUUUCAGUUCAAAAGCUAAGGUCUUGUUUUCUGGCUAGGUUCUGAAAUGUAUUAGAAAAGAUCUUUUGAUGGUAUUAGUAUUUAGAAAACAUGCUAUCAAAGAUACAUUCAUACUUGGUUCAUUGUCAGAGGCUGCUAAAUUUUGAACUAGCAGAUUGCUAAUACCAAGAAGGCACAAUUUUAUUCAGCUUCAGUUUAUUUGAAGAAAUAGAAAAAUAAACUGCUUCCAUAUGUUAUUAGAUCAAUGUAAAACAUGAGAGAAGGGACCUAGAAGCCAUCUAGUGAAUCCAUUCUCCUGCUCCGUGGCAGGAGAUUACAUAGGAGGAGGUGUAUGUGUAUGCAGUUUCAUGUGGCUAGGGUUUGCUUUUUUUUGCUUGUAAAAACUUGCAGCAAAUUUGAAAGGUUAAGAAAUACAUAAUGUAUUUUUCUUAGCGGCUAAGCUGUUUAUACCCUGCAGUUUCCAUUGUAUUUAUUCUUCCUAUGAUAUAAAUCGCAGGAGACAUACCAUGUAAUUUUAAUUGUAGUAACUACACCAGCUAAGAAAAUGAAAGGCAGCUCUUAAUGAAUAUUUAAUCUAGAGAGGAGCAGAAAAAAGCCACAGAAAAUGUUUAAGCAUCUGUAUGGUUUGAUUAAACGCUGUCCACGCUUGACAGACUGAAAAUCACUUCUGAGGCCAGAUUGUCUAAAUAAGCUGUAAGGAAAAAGCAGCCAGAAUGGUAAGUUGUGCUGCUGUAAUUUACACUUAUAUUUACAAAAGGAAAAGUUAGCCCUUUAAAACCAAAGAAAUUAAAUGCUUUCAGUUUGAGCUAGCAUUCUGCUACUAUUAUCAACGAUUAGAGAUAAUUGAAAUUCUGUAAUGAGUAUAUUUAACUGAAGAUGACCUUUUCUAAAAAUUGAACAAUUUCCUUUCUGUGUUCAAUUUGCUUUUUAUGUUCUUCUCCCUGCUCCAUGCAUUUCCCUCUAAGUGGGCAGCUGAAGGUUCCUUACACGACUGGGUGCCCACUUCCCUCACAUGUUACUGGGACACAAAAGUUUGCUGCUGUAAAUAAGAAGUGCAAGAAGCUGCUCUGCUGCAACCAGCUGUAUUGCAAGCAGGUAGCAGGUUCCAGAACAGUAUAGGGAGAGCACAACUGUAUCCCAAUUAAUCAUUUUGGCAGUAUUGCUCUUAAACACCAUCCUUGUCAUCGUAAAUGUGAUCUUUUCGUGUUGGAUAGAGAGAAUUGUCAGGUAGGAGAAUCCUGCAGAGCUGAUGCUGAACAAUGUGGGAAACUUCAUCUGCUUCAAUAUCUGCCUCUGCACCUUUAUGAUCGUGCUCAACAGACACGUGCAUGUCUUUGCUAAAGUAGAUGCCUACCUAUCACAGAUAGUGAAGUAGAAAAUGAAACAUCAGCAAAAUCUUGAAAUUUAAUUGGAAUAAUGACCUUUAAUAUUUUGUAUUGAAUUACCAAAUCAUUUUUGCUAUGGCCCUGCAGCUGAAGGAAGUCUUGUUUGUGCAUCGAUUUAACCUGAUAAGCCUGAAGGGUAUGUCAUUAGCUUCAAGUAAACAUAGGGUCAAGGAGGGGAAAUGGCCUGAUUCAUAUUUAAAAAUAGACAGAAAAAAAUGAUUAGAAAAAUUGUCAGAUGAUAAAUUAAUCAGACAGCAAAAAUUUGAUUGCCCAGAAGCCUGGUUUAAAAUGCAAAUUUUGUCUGACCAAGAAUCCAUCAGGUUUUCCGUUUGCUAGAAAGAGACAGCGGGGAGGCUGAGUAUGUGUUGCUUUGACAUACACCACAGUAACAUUAAGAAACUGCUCAGAGGAGUUAGUCAACAGAAAAAAAAUAGAAAGAAAGAAUGAAAGAAUGAAACUGAGACUCCUGGAGCCUGUGGAAGAGAAUAGUGCUCAGUUGUCUGAGCAGAAGGACUGAAGGUGGAGAGGCUGAGCAGAGGUUAAGGAGUAAGAACUGCCGAACCUUCUGCUGACUGUGAGUGUAUCUUACCUGGAAAGUAAAAAUUGGGUCUGGACUUUGUAAUUCCACGCAGGCGAUGAAAAGCCACCUGUUUGUGCCAGAGGGAGAAGCAAUGCAGCUCUCUGCUCCAGGUGGAUCCAGCAGGGCAGGUCCUGUGAAGCAGGUGGCCACCUGCAUCCUGGCUCGGGAGUUAACAUCAAAGAGAGUAGUUUUGUUCCAAACUCUGUCAGCAUGUGAUCUUUUUUAAUCUUGAAAGCUGCUACAAUGCUACAAUCCAAAUAAGUGAUAGAUACUGUUAUAAAUAACCUAUUUAUAAGUAUAGUUGUUAUAAAUAACGUAUUUAUAACAGUAGCAUACCAACAUGAGCUUAGAUUCUGCAGAAACUUUUAUGCUUGUGGUGUCUUGGUGUAACUAGAGAAAUAUGAACUACCCCACAAUUAACUUUUAAUUACCUUGAGAAAAAUGGUACCACAUUUUGAAAAUAAGGAUGCCUCUGGAUUCCUGUCAGGGAGCCAGAUUUCAGCCUAUCCCUGACCUGGGCAAAUAUUAUCCAGCAUGAAAUUAUUAUAUGUAUACAGCAUUGAAAGAAAGGUCUUCUGCGUUAGUAUCCAUGCAGUGUAGCUUUUAAGUACACACCUCGCUCAUGUGUUCAGCCACUAAGUAAGCUUAAGUGUUAAUAAUGUCAGUAAUGAAACAAUGAGAGAAAAGUUGCUUCUGAAUUAGUUAAAACCCACCAGAACAUAAAAAUAGAGAUUAAAUCAAAUUAGAAUUUAUGUUAGAUUUCAAAGGGGUUGGUUUGUCCACAGCAGAACUAACCUGUUGAAAAAACAGAAUCAUUUCAAUCUCUAGCUAUUUCAAAAUAUGAUUAGGAUAAUAUAAUUUAGAACAUCUCUAUACUCAGAUUAGCAGUGGAUGUGUCCCAUGAAGUUACUGGUUAGACCCAGCCUUGGUCAGCUUGGGAAGCCUGAAGAGGGUGGUGCAGGUGGGGUGAGUGUGAGCAGUUCUGGGGUGUUCCAGGGAAGGCGUCCUCCUUCAGCAAGAGCAGCUGCUCCCACCGGGUCAGGAACUGGCAGCCCAGCUUACCCAGGAGAAUUUUGUGGACCUGUGAUGAUGUGUAAGAACGUCACAGACUCCCAGUCUGAAAUCAGGAUAAAAAAGCAGCUGCAGAAGGUGAAGUGCAUACACAGAGGACUAAGCUAUUGUCUUAUUUUGAAUAUAACAAGCAGUUUUCCUACUAUACAAGAAAUGCCAAUAACAUAUUUUAUUGUUUUAAUUCCAGGGUGAUGGUCCCAAGGAGACAGUUUGUGUGUAUCUCAGCAGUUUGGUGUGGGAUUUGAUCUGAUGUGGUUUUGUGAGCAUUGAACUACAUUAUUACAAUAGAGAAAUAUUUUAUACUUGUGGAGAAAAGGAAGUGAUUUUUCACACAGUGACUGCUACAUUUUUUUUUAAUUUCAAGUAAACAUUUUUUUUAAAAUACAAAAUAACAUUUAUUUGGGAAAUUCUGAAACUCCUGACUAUUGGUUUAAUUAUAACAAAGCACCAUCUCAGGUUGGUGGCAAUAUGUGACAUUUAUCAUGUUUUUCUUCUUAAAGUGUCAUUAAAAUAUUUUGCCAUAAGUUCUCUGUUUUGUUAAUGUCAUGUAAUACAGACAACAGUCUGUAUGGUAGCUACAUAAGCUGGCAGUGAACAUUUUCAAUUAAGAACUUGAUACUGUAAGCACUAGCGUUUGUCUGUGUGAGAAGAGUGAUGAGAAGAGCUACAGAGGAGUAAUUAGUUCAGAGCCAUGUCAUUCCUAGUUUGUCCCAGGUGCACAGGUGAAAAAAUCCCUCAGGUUAGAGAUAGUCAAAUGAUUUAUGGGCUUUUUUUUUUUUUUUGUGGGCAAUAGAUAAUGCUGUGGAUUUAAUGGGAUCACUCAUGUGAAUGAUGUUAAUUUUGUGAACAAGUGUUUGAAGGACCAGAGCUGUAUAAUUGUUUAGAAGCCCCUCUUCUUGCUUGUGUUCGUGUCCAAGGUGCAGUUCAGCUCCAGGUCAGGCCAAUAAAGCAGGUUCCGGGCUGCAGUCCCCAGAGUGCUGGUAGGGCCUGACUUCGCUCACAUUCGUGCAAUCCCAGCUCUGUAUCUCAGCUGGCAUAUAAGAUGGACCAUUCAUUAGAAAGACAAUAGGCACCAAACCUAUUAUUGUUUCUAUUUCUUUUUUCACUGAGCAUACCUCGUAUCAAUAUGUGACUAUAGACAAGGAAACUGCACUAAGCAUUAUUAGAAGAAUGUUCCUUUAACAAUCAGCCCCAAGCUCUUCUCCUGUACCAGGACAUAACAGGAAAGAACCUAAAGUCACUUAAUUUAAAACCCAUGCAGUUCUUGUGCAUUACGUUUCCAUAUGGUCCAGGAAUACCUGCAGAGAAACAUCCUACAACAAGAAAAAGUGAAAUAUCAGCCCAAUGGAAAGAAUCACAUUAACAUUUACAGGAGCUGCAACAAGCAGUUGUUACCCCAGCUAUGGCUGCUUGUAUGUUACUGCUAAUACAUUUUACUGCAGGGAAAGAAAUUUAAAAAAAAAAAAGGCAAAAACCAAGCAUACACACAAAACAAAACAAAAAAUAAACCCAACAAAAAUUUGUAAUAACUACUUUCUGUUAAAAGAAGAGUUUCAGUUCCUCUUUUGAGAGUCUGUUAGUGAUCAGUUCAAAGACAGGAUGUCCUUUUACAGUCAGAUGCCUUUGGGUAUUUUGUUUACUAAAACUCCUUUUGCCACUGUAGCAUUAAAUCCCCAAUCAACUGAUUUAAAGAAUAUUCAAUAUUCCACGCAUUGAGGAUUAUAUCUGAAAAAAAUCUCACUUAAAUGAAUUGAACCUUAUAAAACAAGGUUCAAAAAAACUUUUAAACUGAUACUUGAUAAGAACAUUUCUAUAUCGUUGUAAUAUCUGAAAGCUUACCUUGUAGCUGUUUUAUAAUCACAUAAAUAAUCCUGGAAAUAUUAGAAUCGAUCAUUCAUGGUUUCAGGUCAGUUGGUUGAGACACCUUCAGCAUCUCGGUCCAUUUCCAAGGUAAUGAUAUCAGAAUCCAAUACUACUCCUACCCAAGCAGAUGUGUCCAUGAAUCCUGGCUGCAUAUUAUCAGUAAUAAAGUCAAUUUCUGAAAGUAAGGUUUUUAAAAAAUAGAUAGUGCUUUGGGGCAUUGAAUGACACCACUAAUACAUGAGCAGACCUCUGAAUAUCAGUAUGGCUUUUAACAGAAAUAAAGACAUCAGCAUUGAGUCGAUGGGCACAUCUGCGUUAUCAGCCGGUGACUGAAAGAGGCCAGCACAAGGGUUUGAUUUACCAUGGUCUGCUGUGGUUCCAACACCACAGAUCUGUGUUUUGUCUUCUCCAGCAGUAGAAUCUGUGCGGGUUUCUGGCCACAGGCGUCUGCUGCUUGUGUGUGGGGAUCUGGCUGCGGCAAGACCCUGUGUCCACGUUACAAGUGUUCUGGAUGAUUGCCUACUGCAAGACUCUAGUCAUAGAUCCAAAGACAAAUUUGCUCCCAAAAGAGCUCGUCCUGUGCCAUAAAUCCCUCACAUAGACUGUCCCUGAGCAUUCAUAGCUGGAAGCUGUGCAAUGUGAUGUAGUUGUCCUGUGGGUGAUGCAAACAGCCUACGUUGAGGAGAACCAUGUCAUAUUUCAUCCAGAGAGACAAAGACAUACCUGUGUUCAGGCAAGGACUAUAACUUAUUCCAGUCUAGUGUAGUGCAAUGAGAUGAUCUUGGCUGUGUAGCAGCUACGUGGUUUGACUUGGAAGAAUUCAUAUAUUUUAGAGAUGGAGAGGAUCUUGCGUUGUAUUCAGAACAAUUGCAAGUGCUUUGUGUGUGCUGAGAGAUGAUACAAAGGGUACCAUUCAUUGCUCAGAUUAAAUUCAGUGAACUGCUCAGCACGAGUGAAGUAGAAAAACCUGGUUGUGUGUAAGUAGAUGCAGAGAGGAGAAAAUAAAACUUAUUUGCAGUGGAGAAGCAACUUUUUUCAAAAGUGUUUGGUAGCUAGACACACCAUAAAGUGCUGAAGUUACUGCGUAUCUGGACUAUUUCUGUGCAGCUAUGUUAUUGGUAAACUGAAAGGUUAUUGGAAUACAUUUCAAGAGACAUUUAGCCAAAAAGAAGAAACCUAUUCUAGUUUCUUUGAUGAAAAGAGGUCUUAGCUGAAGGAGCGUGAUGUAGCACUCACAAAUGAAAGCAAACGGAAAGCUCUGUGACAUGGACAGACACUUUGUAGCAUUUUUUCAGCAAGGUUUGAACUUGCCAUCAGCCCAAAGACCAGGUCCUCUGUGCUCUCAAAGCUCUCAGUGAUUUGUAUAGAGCACAGGGCUGACAAGAAAUGUGCGGAGGAAUUGUUAACCUUUCCUACCCUUUCCUACAAAUACUCCUUAACUCAUAGAAUGAAAAUGUGCUCUAUUAGACUUCAGGUUAAGAAUCUAUUUUUAAUGUAGCUUUCUCUGGCCUUGGUGCAGACAUGAAGUUAUUAUGAGACGUUAGUUGGAUUCACUUCUCUCCAUGUGAGCACAGACCUUGUACGCAACUUUAUUAUCAUUGCUGCUGCUGCUGUGUGCUUGGCGGCUGGGUUGUGUUAAUUUGUGCCCAGGCUGGGCAAGUUAAUAUAAUAGUGGUGUUUCUGCGUGACAGGGUAUGGUUAGAUGGAUCAAGACUCGCUGAAGUACACUCACUGCAACAAAGGAUGUUUUCUCGAGUAGCCAAAUAUAUUAUUUCUCAUUUUUCUACAUCUGUGCCAGGUUAAUGAUGAAUAAAUGGAUUUUGCACCUGGUUGUGAAUGUUUAUAAGACUUCUGCAGCACUGAGCCAAGUGCAGCUUUGAUUAAGGAUUCUUGACCAAAGUUUAAGAAAGGCCUUUCAGUUUCUCUACUUCACAUAAGGAAUAAUGAAUUUUAGGGUUUGUGGGCCUCCAGUGCUGUCACAUGCUAUGGAGUGAAUAUUGAGAUUAAAUAGUUUUCUAAAGAUAGAAACACUGACAACGUGCUAAUAGUUCCACUGUACCGCUGCAAAGGCUGACAGUGUCCUUGCACACGACUGCUUCACAGCGGCUUUAGAUUAAGGCCUGCUUGGCUGCUUUUAUUUCUUUUUCUCCUCUGAAUCUUUAAUGUUGCAUCUUCCUUUAGGAUCCAGUGCUGCCUCGAGCUGGUUAUUUCUCUUCCCCCUGUGUGGUGUUAUGUGGGCCUGUUUAGUGUCUGUUGGGGGGUUUGUGUGGCUAUGAAUCAAAUGUUGCUGUGCUUGCAGCAGAGUAAAACACACUUUAAAUGGUUGGGUUUUUAUCUCAAGGAAGGUAGCAUGGUGGGAUAUUUGCAUUGCGUAACCAGAGGUGCUAAAUUUGAGCUGUAGCUCUGCAGUGACUUAAGCUGUAAUGGCUGGCUAUGCAGUCCGUUCCUCAUUCUUGCACUCCAACCUUUCCUUCGUGCCAUCUCUGGCUCCUGUCUGGUCCUACACGAGCUGUUUUGACACACUGAGCUGGCAAAAACCUGGUGUGGCAACAGAACAAGAAAAUUGGUUCAUGCCGACAGAGCCUGGGAAAUUUCAGAGUCAAAGCAAAGGAGAAGGUGAGACCCUGCAGGUGGGACCACAGGGCACGACGGGGGCCGUUUGUUAUCUGAUGACUGCUGGGCAGGCCCAGAGGUCCCUGAAGCCUCGGGCAAGUCCAGAGGGUGACAGCUCUGGGGGACUCCCUGGUCAGAAGGGAGAGAUGGGCUCCUGCAAGGGGGGAUCACAGCACGGUGGCUGCUCUGGUGGGCAGGAGCCCAGCUCUCCCUGCAGUGACAGAGGACACUUAGGGGCUAUAGGUACCUACACUGGGUGAUUAUUGUCCCCCCAUUUCUUUCCCUUCACAGUCACUUGAACAAGCUGUUCACCACCAGCAGGUUCAGAAAUGAUGACAGUAAAAAAAUACCUUUGACUGUAAAUACUGUUUCUCAGGUCACUGAUAGUGAACUUGCAUAAAUUUGCUCAUUAUUCAGCAUGCCUGCGCUUUCAGUCUCUGCUAAUCCGAGAAUCAAAAACAGCAUCUGGAGAGAAGAGAGCUGUGCAAGGUCUGGCAGUUUGGAGACCAGUUAAUCUCACUUUGAUUCUCUUUCCUUUGUACAGUAGUGAGAUGUCUGACAUAUUGCCACGCUUGAGUCAAGAUGAAAUUCUCCGUCCUGUGUGAUUUAGGAAAAGAAACUAAAUGUUCUAGUUGACCUAGCAUCUUCUGUGGGCUCCCCAAAUUACUAGCAAAAUAUUCCUGUUGUUAUAUAUUAUUUUAUUUUAUCCAGUAUAGGUGUCUGGAUUGGUUAAUUGGUCUGAGUUAACUGAUCACUUAGACCUUGACCCUGCACAGGCUCUGUGGUAGAGCUACAGCCUGGACGUGACAAUCUACGUUUAAAAAAUGUUUGACCUGGAGAUCUUUCCUGUUUUGUCACUUGCUCUCAGGUGACAAAUCUGUGGAAUGAGAUCAUGACCAUCUAUGCAGUAACUCCUGCAGGGGCUCUCAGGUCCGCAAACCACACAUCCACUUGUGUACAGGAGUCUGCAUGAGAUCAAGCCCAAGGAAUAUUCUGUGAAGUACUUUAUUCUGAAACAGCUUUGUUUCAACAGCUGAUAACCACUUGUUGCGUGGUCUGAAACAGUAGACUUCUUAUACAUGUGCUUGUUAGUUGAACAUACCUUAGUUUGAAGUAUAUUCACAGCCAAGUAAUAUUCAUUGUGUGGUGCUUCAUCAGCUCAUCUCUUUCAUCUCUAGGUCUUGUAGCUGAGAACAGCAACAAAAGGAUGUGUAUUUACAAUCUAAAGCCUGGCUUUCUUGAUUUUGAGUUCUGUCGUUUUAUGCAGGAGCAUCAUCCUUUUCUGAAUUUCUGGACAGCCAAGUUUCAAAGGCUGCUGAGAUUUCAGGGUACUCAGGAGAAAUAAUUUGGGCCUUUCAGCUGUCGAGCACAACGAGUGGGCAGAUUUAUGUUUAUUAAGCUUUGCUCCAGAUUUUCAUGACGUUCAUUUUAUUUCUUAAUUGGCUCUAAAUUAUCAUGAUGGUCAAGCAGAGCAUGAAAUGAUCUGCAGCAUGCCACUAAACAAAGGAGCUAUUGCUGUUACUUAGCGGUCUCCUUUCAUAAAGUUGCAUUUGAGAAUACCUGCCUAUUUGGGGAACACUGCCUCUCCAGGGGAGUGUCUCCAGGUUACUGGGUUACUGUGCACUGGUCCAGCUGGGCUAGCAUCCUGUCAGUGUGCUCUCCAUGUCAAGUAAAUGCAAGCAGUACAAGAGCUAAACCAAAUGGCAGUGCGUCAGCUUGGGUUUGCCAUAGACCAAGGAGUUCCACACAGUAACUAAAUUUAUUGCUGUGAUGUGUGGCCAUUUACUGAGCUCACACCCUUCUCUGUCUGAGCAAUAACUGCCUGUCAGUGGCAGGUGUUGGCAUAUACCGGCUUAAGGACGAAAACAGUCCGGCUGUGCUUCUUUAUUGCAAGUACCAGAACUACUAGAAUUUUUUUUUUAUCCCCUGAGGUUAAAUACGAGGAGUGGUAUCCUUACAUUGCCAUCAGAUAAACAGUCAAAUCUGUCUUUUGCUAAACCCUGAUGUAGCUUCGGCAAUACAGUGUGAGACAUGGGUGGUUGUUGCUGCACCUGGUACUGUUGUGUCUUGUCUUUUUUUCAUCCCACUUUUCUCUAGUGAGGGAGAAAACUCAAGACAAUUGUAUGAUGGUAGUAUUUGACAAUUCCACCAUGAAUUCAUGGUAUCAUGGCAAGAGGCCAUCAGAAUGAAUCAUGCUAAUGGUUGUGACAGGACAGUCAGUCUACAACAAGAUUGCUGGGUUUAAAUUCCUCACUAUUCACUUUAGUCCUUGACAAGAGGAGAUUCUUCACAGCAAGUCUGUAGUUCAGCAGCUGCCAGGCUUCUCAGCUCUUGGCUCAGCUGUCGGGUGAUUCCCUGAAAACACCUCCUCCUUGGGGUAUUUAUUGUGAGUGCUUAUGGUACAAACCCAUUAUUAAAUUCUUGUGAAACUGAAGUGUAAUAGCUGAAAUUUCUGCAUAUUUUAUAUGCAUAUUUUAUAUAGUAGCUUCAUAUGUAUUUUUUGUGUUAAUAUUCUUAGUAUUAUUUCGGUAUCUAAUUAAAAUUAUUUAAAAUAUUAAUUACAUUUUAUGCUACCAGAGUAAACUGUGGGGGAAGUUACAUAAUGUCACCUAAAAAAACAGUGGUACAACCCAAAAUCAUUUUUAAGAGUAUCUGAUUUCUAGGUGGUUAUUUUCAUUAGUUGUUUGGACAUUUGCUUCUGAGAUUUACCUUUCUAAGAUGGCUCUAAGAGUCUACCUCUGCUUCUGAUUUAGGUCGAGAGCUACAAGUGAGAAGAUAGGUGUAUUGAGAGGUUCUGCACAGGGCUGCUCCUAAGGGAUGGCAAAUACAUGAUUUUUUCUUUUCAGAGACUGUUCCAUGUGUCAAAAUGUAAUGUCAUCAAGUUUCCAUGAUAGCCUUUGCCCAGAGGUUUCAUUGUCUCUUAAGAUGUGUUAUGUUUGCCUUCAUUUUGGUUCCUUUCUUUUCAAUGCAAUUGUCCAAGCAGAGCUUACCUCCCCUCGGAGCUGGUAUAGUUGUGCUCCCCCACAUGCGCCAAGCUCUGUGUGAAGCUGCUAGUGUAGGCUCUGCUGCUGCUGUUUCCAAAAAAGGUUCCUUCAAAUUCUCUCAACACUGAACUUCUGUGUGUUUUCAGAUGUGAAUUUGAUAUUGUCUGAGUAGAACGUGUGCAGCGUAACAUAGAAGUGUCUCUGCGCAGGAUUUAGGAGGAGGCACAGAAAGCCCCUCAACCAUGUGUGCGCUUUUAUUACAGAAAAACAAGAUGAAGUUGUAUUGUUGAGUCAUCUGUUAUGGCUGAUUUAAUUUGUACUUUGUUUUCCUGUUUGAAGUGCCUAAUGAUUUUUUGUCAAGGAGGCAAUGGUUUCACUGUUAUAAUGCAUACUUAGAAUUCUGCAGUUGUUACCUGUUCUGUAAUAGAAUAUUUUUGCAGUUUCUGUUUGGAAAUAAAGACCUAUUAGGCAUAA